AUGGCAAGACUGAAAUCCAGCGAUGGUGAUAUCUUCGAAGUCGGCGAUGGCAUCGUGGCCUUGAGCCCUGUCCUGGCGAGCGUGGCAGACUCCGGAGAUGGCGACGAGAUUCCGCUUCCUCUUGUUGACAGCCUCGCCCUGCGAUGGGUCCUUGCGCAUUGCCAAGAGUACCGCGUGCAAGGGAGGUGGGUGCUGAGCAAGAAGCUUUCAAAAGGAGGGCCGAGCGAUCUGGAAAAGUUGCUUUGGGCAGCGGACUUCCUUGCUUUGGACCGACUGGCCAGCCUUUGCCUGGCGAAGCUUGCAGGGCUCCUGCUCCAGGAGCAGGGCACGAAGAUCUCGCUGCGAGCUUUGUGUCGUUGCUUGGAGUUUGGGUUAAAGCUGCCAGAGCUGGCAGUGGCUGUCCUCCAAGCGGUCCAGGAACAGGCGGCUUUUGGUGACGAAACCGCCCUUUCAGCCGUCAGCCGAUGCCGGGCCCACGCAGCGGCAGCGGUGAGGCUCGCGACUGUGAAGGCUCUCGAGAUGCUGGCACCGAAGGGCCACGCUGUGGUCACGCAGUGCCUUCAGUCGAGAUUGCAGAUUGAAGCCGAGGAAGAGGUUCAGCUGGCCAUACUCCUUGCUCUCGUAAAGGUUGGAGCCAAAGAAUCAGCGUCAUCACAGGCAUCGGCGUCACAGAACUUCGUGGACAUCCACAACGUCCUGAGAUUCCUGGGUCCAAAUUGUUCAGCUGCGAUUCGGGAAGCAGCGGCCCAGGCAGUGGGGUCCCUGGCACAGAUCGGAAGUGCGCAGGCCCUUGCUGCCCUUAUCGGGUCACCCCCUGUCUACCUUCGUCAAGGCAUCACCGACAGCGCCCCACGUGUUCGUCGAGAAUCCCUUCGGUCUCUCCAGCAGCUGGUCGGGAACUGCAAAAGCAUACAUGUCCUAUCUGGGAUUGCAGCGAGACUGCAGGACACGGAUGACGGUGUGCGAAAAGAGGCCGUCAAGGCCGUGGCAUUGAUUUCCAGACCUGGCGAUGUGAUUGUGAUUCGCGCUGCGCUCGCUUGCUUGGGGCCUGGCUGUCCGUGGGCUCUCAGUGUUGGCGUGCAAGCCUUGCAGCUGGUUGGACGCGGCGAUGCGGCCGCAAUCGCUGGUGUUCUCCAGCACAUGAAGGAUCCCAAGACGCGCAUGCCUGCUGCACAGGCACUGCUCCAAAUCUCCACUGUGCAGGAAGCACUCAGAUCAUGCAUUUCAUGUCUGGUGAGCCCGGACGUCCAGAUGCGAAAUUCUGUCCCAGAGUGUUUGCUGAUUCUGCUCCGUCAGUGUCUCAGCCCAGUGGGCUUUGUAUCAAGCGAUUUGCUUCGAUACCUGUGCCACAGGGCUUUUGAGGUUCGUCGAGCCACCUUGGCUGCCUUUGGAAGUCUUCCUCUGGCCGGCAAGAAGAUCCUUCCCACCGCGCUGCGCGGCAUUGGCUGUCGCCUCCUGGACCGGCACCACGCGGUGCGGGCUGCGGCCGCUGAGUUGGCCCGCACCUUCGGCCCGGAAGAGCGCCUGCGCGUCCUGUCCCCGCUGACAAGACAUCUCGCACAUCGCAAGGGUAGAAGACGCUUGGUGGUCGGCGCUUUCCGGAGGCUGGCGACCCCGUGGGACAAGCGCUACUUGGAGCUGCUCAUUCCCAGCUUGAAGAGCCGCCAGGUUUCCGUUCAAAAGGCUGGCAUCGAAAUCGCACGGAGACUGUCGAGCGGACAUGAAAGCACUGGCAUCGAAAAGGCCUUGAACCUGGUACAGGAAAAGUGUGCCAGCGCAAAGACAGGUGGCUACCUCUUGUUGGCCUCAAUGCUCGGCAGAUGUAGUGCUGCCCAGAAUCAGGUGCCUGCGUCGCUGUUGCAAUCUGCUGUGCCUGCGGUCAUAGCUGGCAUCCAGUCACGCGAAAUUUCGCUGCGGUGCGCUGCAGCGGCAUGUUCGCCUGGCCUUUCUUCAGUCGUGGCAGCAUCCGCAGACAUGACGGCGUCUGUCGAAUGGCUUGACGUGCUGGCUGCGGGUCUGGUGGACUCCAGUGACCCAAGCAGGUUUAUGCAGCUGUCGGCAGCGGCUGCGAUACAGCCAUUCCUGGCCCACUCGAAUGCGUGUAGCCGCCUGGCCUUAGAAGUGAUCAUGGGUGCCAUGCUGCAUCGAGACUGGGAGGUACGCUGGACAGCUGUGGCGGCCCUACUACAAGUUCCUUUGGAUGGCACAACGCGCUCAGAUCCAGCAAGGAUGCCAGAGAGCUUGGCGUCAGAGAUUCGAACGGCGAUCUGCCGCCUGCAAAGCGAAAAGCAACAGGCUGUGCGGGAUGUGGCAGAUUAUGUGCUCAGCAAGGGUCUUCACGGUGACCACCAGCUCUGCCAGCUAGCGCUGCGAACCUCGCAUGCCCAGAAGAAUUCCAGUUCGGGAUGUGUGAGAGGGAUCCAUUCUGUCAAGAGAGUGAGAAGGAAUCGCGUGCCAGCACAGAGAUUCGCUAAGCCAUUGAAGCUUGGGCCAGUGCAGCCCGUCCGUCUGGAGUGA